AGGGGAUUACAUCACCAUCUUUUCUUAACCAGGGUUCCCCUGUGCUCACUUUCUUGGUCUCCCGAUUCCCGAAGAUGCGAUCGCUAUGAAACUUUAUGUGUUUCUCCAUAUUCUCUCGGUAAGUACACCUCUUUUGCGUUUCAGAUACAUUAUUUUAUCACUUUUUGCUGCAUUGUGAAGUUUUAAAUAGUUUGAGUGCAGAUUGAUAUUACGUGAUUUGUGAUCCUCACAUGGUCCAGUGCAAUCAAACUCAGCUUGCACACCCACUAAUUUAGGAACGCCGAACUCAUUCUCUAACUGUAUUUGUUUUCUGUACCAGUUAUAAUGAACAAUCUUAUCUUUUUUCGUUCAUUUCGGAAGCUUUUGAGAAGCUGUUGGAAUGUGCAUAUCGCAUCAUAAAAUUUAUGCUGAAGGAAGCACGUUCCUUCAAAUGCUCUUUUGACCGCGCUUCGGAUCAUCAGUUAACAUUAAAAACAUGCUCUGGCAUGUCCCAUGCACAAUUUAAGGAGCUGCACGAUCAUUUAUUCGCAAUAUUCUGAAGAAAGAAAGUUGUUCAAUGUUGUAUUACACUAACAGCUGUCAAUUACACUUCUCAUCAAAUCGAGUAGAGUUGUUUUGGCUUGAAGUUUAACAACUCCUGUCGCAAAAAUUCAUAAUCCGCUCUUCACCUUAAUUAAAGAGUCGUAAAUUUAAUUCUUAGCGAUUCAGUUCACCUCGUGGUUAACGAUUUCUGUUGCUUUCUUGUGUGCGAGAUUUGUGGAUUUUUAAGGUGAAAUCGCAUCGUCGGAAAUUGUACAACGAUCUGUCACAGAUGAGUAAUAAUUUUGUUUACAUAUGCGGAAUUUUUCCUUGUAGUUGCUAACAUUAUCAUAAAUUUGAGCGGAAUUUUAAAAAUUUCUCUCCCUAAUAUUCCACACCUGUCGUUGAAGUAGGGGUGCCUCUUUCAUACGCUGUUUCUUCGCAGCAGUUACUUGGGUCAACAGUUACUGAAACUUAAUUCAAAAGUUCUUCCAAAUAGCUUAAAUUAGCCUUCUGUUCUUUUAAUAAACUUGCCUUCCUAAUCAUUAUGCAUAUUUCUUAACCGUUUUCAUGCAUUUUUUUUUUGUGGAAGCUGUAACGGUUCUUAGUUGAAGUGGCAUAAAAAUAUUUAAUUCUGUGGUAAAGAAAUGAAAUGAAAUCAUAAUUUUCCCUCUCAUCCCAACAGCUGGCAUUGUUUGAGACUAUCAAAGGAUGGUUGGAGAAAGUUCUAUUCAAGCAAAUUUUCAUAAUAUUUUGACAACAAAUCACCAAACUAAAUGUCAACAGGAAAUUAAAGUAUCCUGAAACUCCCAGCUUUGUUUUAUUCAGAAAGUUACCCAUAGUAACUAUUGAAUAGACAGAAUAUGAUGCACCUAUACUUAGCAAGCUCUCAGUUGUUUUGAUUUUAAUUAUUUGGUCUGAUGAAGUUUUUCGAGAUUGUUUAACUUCUAGUUAAUAUUAUAAACUCUCUUGCAUGGUUCACAAAACAACUUCUGUUUACAACAAUCUACCACAUAUUCAAACACACAGUGCAAGGCAGAGAGAAUUUCAUUCAAAAAGCUUUUUCUGUGGAUAGUAGGGUCUUAAUGUUUAUUAAAAGUAUGCAAAUCUGUAAUCAUUUGAAGCCCAUAAAACAAGAAAAAUAAAACAUCUCAAAUCUUGGCUUUUACUGAGUAGGCAAGUGACAAGUAUAAGUUUCUUGCUUUACAUAUUCAUAUAACAUAGUCAGUUUGACUCAUGGUAAAAGUGAAGUAAAGUUCAUUAUAAUGUCAAAUCUUUUGCAGUUUGCUGGAGAAUUGGCCCUUGGAUCUAAGUGCCCACCAGACCAAUUCUGGGAUGGCAGUAUAUUUAUGUGUCGGGAUUGCACCAAAUGCAGUGAGGGUGAAAAACUGAUCUCUCCUUGCCAAGAGGUUAAAGAUGCUUCUUGUGAGAAGUGUCUAGAGGUAUGGUAGACUGCUGUUCCUAACCUGGGGCCUGUUUCUCAAAACCCUUGGUAGUCACUAGUCCUGAAGAGCUCAAUUUUGAUUUUUGUGUGUUUUUGUUAAAGAUGGAGAAAUUAAUGGUUUUGACAUUCAAGCAAUGGAAAUAUCAGAAAGUGUGAUAAAAUAGACUGGUUUUGAGCUAUGACCCACAAUACUAUCCCUUACAUUUAGCAGCCAGUUUCCCUGCAGUUCAGUGUGGUUUAUAAGGCCUGUUAUAGCUGUCUGUUUAGCCAGCAAACAGGCUCUUAUGCUUGGCUUUUGCCUUACUUUCCCUCUUGUAGGUACAGCAGCUGAUUCACUUAAGGAAAAGGUUAUUUAGACCCCUGGAUUUCGAUUUUGAAACAUGUUUUUGAGCCAGUUAACCCUUUCACUCCCAAGAUCUCACUAGUAAUUCUCCUCACUGUCAGCUGUACAAUUUGUAUGAUGUUACCUGAGAAUUUGGUUUUGGAUCAAUUAACAAUCUUUUAAUUGAUACUUUUCUUUAUUCUCAUUCUUGCCUGCUUGACAUUGUAUUUAUAGUGUAAGGAGAAAUUAUGGCUAGGUCACUCAUGAGAGUUUAAGGGUGAAGUUGGGGGAAAUUUUGAGAAACAGGUUCCUUCCUUCCUUCCUCAAAUUUCUUUUUUUUUAGGCUUGAGAAUUUGGUAUUAGGUCACAAUCUUGAUUUUAAAUCUAAUUGUUUUGUUUUUCAUAAUUUCUGCCUUCUACGAAAUGAGGGGAUGCUCAGGAAAAACGCACCAAUUAGUUCUGAUUAACUGUUACAUUCCCCUUCCAAAAUUUUUUGUAUUGCUUUGUCAAACACAAGAAGAAUUUGUUUUUGCAUCAUUCAAAUAUGUUUAAGGGUGUUAUGAUGUACACACCACUUCAAUUGUCAGUGCUGCUUGGGGAGAGGUACUGCGCUAUUCAUCUCUGAGAAUAAUCAAGUUUUGAGCCCAACUUUUUCUCAAAUUUUAAUAGUAUUCCCUUCAUACUUCUAACCAGCCCUGUCUGUCUUUGCCAACAUUUCUCCCUGUAGAAUUUUCUGUUAGGGUUAAUCCUUUCUUCUGUAACAUCUGUUUCAAAUUUCAAUUUAGAUCUGAAAAUAUGGGGCUGAAACAAAAAGUGCCUCUCAUUUGGUAGUCUUCUUUCUUUUCAUCAUUGUUCUGCGUAAAACUGUGUCAGAAAUUCCCUUCUCUUCACUCUGGCAGGUGAAAGGGUUAACAUUUCUUCAGGUAAUAUCUCUUCUUUCCACUGAUGAGUUCAUCUCAGAUGAAUUAAUAUAUUUUAUUUCAGGGGACUUAUUUGGAUGCUGUAAACAAAUCACUAUGUGUUCAGUGCAGUUAUUGUGGAGGAGGAGAAGUGGUAUUAAGUAAGUGUACAUCUGGGAAUGACACUCAGUGUGGAAAGAUUCCUGUUUGUCCUCUUCCUUCAGAAAGAUCUCAGGCAUCCACUCAACAACCAUCCAUCCCAACAAUGUCGAGUUCUUCUCACAGAACAUUUACAUCACAGAAAGGUAUCAUAAAUGUUUUUAUUUGUCUCUCGGCUAGUAAGUGCAUUAAGUUUUGUAAAUUUAGCUGGCCAUAUUUCACUGUACCACUGGCUGAAUACAAAAAUUUGUGUGAAUUGAAAUAUUUCCCCAAUAUUGGAAUGCAGAGAUGCAAUGAAUAUCUUGCUAACCUUGUUUUUUCAGUCCCUACUGUAAGUAUGGACUCUAUCAUUCUGAUUCAUGGUCUUUGUGCUUGGCCAGAAUCUGAGUGGGAAAAAGAAGGUCUGUAACUUACAGUAUGGACCUCAAACUUGGUUAGUAUUAGAGAUACACUGCUAUGAAAAACUUUGAGAGGGAUAUUUCUUAAUAUUUAUUAAUUGUUAUAAUUAUAUUACUAUGUUGUAAUCAUUGGCCAAGAAGGAGAAUAUUCUAGUAGUUAAAUAUCAAUUAGAAAUAAAUUGAGAUGCUCCACUCCUGCAGAGUAUUUCCUUAUUGUCUGAUCUUUCAGCACCUGGCUUGUGGAAGUGAUAAUUAUUUGAUAAAAUCUUUUUUUUCCUGGUUUUUUUUUUUUUUCACAGUUGAUGAGGAAAGUAAGGUACCAGAAUGCAAAGAAACUAGAAGCCAGCUAAAUCAUCCAGCUUUGUUGGUCACUUUAGGUCUGCUUCUUUUAGUGUCAUUGAUCUGCAAUUGUGUUUUGUUCAAAGAAAAGAUUGGAAAGUGUAGGGGUAAAGAUACACCAGUACCAGACAGAACUGAAGGCAGAACAGCUCCAAAAGGUUUGUCAAUUAAUCAAGAAACAUAUGAUGCCUAAGAAUGUAUUUUGAGAAAGGCAAAGAUCCUACUGGUGAUGCAACAAGCUUUGAACUGCACACCAAUUUUGUCUAUUCUCUAGUGACAGUUUGUACUAUGUAUUGUUACAGAAAAGUGGAUGCUCAUCUUUUAAAAAAGUGCAAUGACUUAAGUUGUAGCUCACUACAUUUUGUAUUUCGUCUAAUUUUUUAGUUAAGACAUAUUCUAACUCAGUGUAGGUGGGCUUGUGCAAAGUAGUAUUAUUUCAUUAUAUUGCUUUCAUCUUGCAGAGACUGUAACUAAGAUGUCAGGAACAGCUGUUAUUGAAGGUACAUGUGUGUAUGUAAAUGUAUAGGGAUGUUGAGAAUUUAAAAAUGUAGGGUGGUUUUAAUUAACCCUGUAACUCCCAAGAUCUCAUUAGUAACACUCCUCACUGUCUGCCAUACAGUUCUUGGAGAAUUUGGUACUGGAUUUACUUAUAUUCCCCUAACUGAUAUUUUUCUUUAUUCUCAUCACUUGUCUGCUUGAUAUUGUGUAAUUAUUGUAAGGAGAAAUUCUGUCUUGGUCACUUGUGGGAGUUAAAGGGUUAAGAUCACUUCUCUCUCCUCUCCUUCCUCUCCUUCCUCUCCCUCAAUACUUUCAAUACUUCUUUAGAGUGAUAUGAUUAUGAAAGCGUUCAGAUUGUUUUGGCAUCUGGGGGUCUAAGGCGUUGUUUCUGGGCAAUUUUGAUUUUCUGUUUUAAAAUUUGCAUUAUUGGGAAAAUUUGGCAUUACAUUUUGAACACAUUUAAACCCUCUAACACCCAGAAGUGAUUAAGAUGAAAUUUUCCCUGUAAUAUCCAUACAUUAUCCAGUAAACAGGUAAUGUUAGAAGUUACCUUCAUUUAACACCAAAUUUUCAUAACUCAUUUUACUAGGAAUUGUGUGACAGCUAGUGGGGAGAAUAAAUGAUCAGAUCUGUGAGCUAUUUGUGAUGCAUCCUUUCUUUUUUCUGUGUCUAAAACUGUUUCUUUUCUCUUAUCAGAGAAUAACAUUAAAUUCAGCACCAUACCAGCUAACAUCACUGAAGAAUUAGCACAGUACCUCAAUAUAGACAGUGGAAACAACUAUAUUUAUUUGGCUGGAAAAAUGAAAUAUGACUCUACCUUCACGAAUAAUCUGAAGCUGUUACCAAGAGAAGCCACCCAAGAGCUUCUUAAAGAUUGGCAAAUGCGAGAUGAUGCUACAGUUUACAAACUGUACUGUUAUUUAGAGGAACUGGAAAGGCAUGACUGCAUGGCUAUCCUUCGGCCUCUCCUCACCAGCCAGGGAAGCGACGUUGCUAUGGUUUGAGCUAGUGUUGCCUUCUCCCCUACUCUUAGUUUUGAGAUGAAGGCACCAGUUGCUGGACCUCUACAGGUGGGGAACAGCAGCACUUGCUCAAAUGAUUUUUUGUUUUUUAGAUUUAUUUGUAGCAAGGAAUCACCGGUAGAGCACUAGUUGAUGGAGCGAUUUUACACUAAAACCAAGCUAGUUCCAACAACCAAUCAGACAUAAAGCAGAUUGAAGAAACUAGAAAUGUCCUUAAGCUUGCAACAAGAGGAGUGUCCAUAUCACAACUAGCUGUAGUUUUACAUCUGAUUGGUUGUGAGAGUGAAGCAAAUUUUAGAUUACAAUCAAACAUUACUCUCAUUCACUUGAUAAUUGGCCUGGAAAUGUCAUGAGCAUGUUUUUUUGCUAUUAGUGGCAUUUGCAAUCACUGCAUAAUUAGAUUGAUAUAUGCAAUGCUUGCCUUGGAAAGGGAAUAGCAUAUUUUUUUAUGUUUGGUAACUGUUUGUUAUGCUUUUUAUAAGCUUAAAAUUUAUUUUCUAAGAAGCAAUAAUUAAUUUCAUUGUCCUUUAAGAGUUCUUUACUUUUUAUUUUCUUACGAGCGUUUUUUAUAAACAGAGUGUUUUGGCUUUUCAUGAAAAGUUUUGCUUCCUACCUUUUUUAAAAAGGGAAAUUGUUAAAAAAAAGGUUGUUUCACAAGAUUUUUGUUUUGUAUGGAUGUAUUUUUGUAUGCAAAAAACAUAUAUUGUCGCAUGCUGUCGCGUAUGCUAACACCGUUUUUAAAGAGGCAAACCCAAAUUUUAAACAAUAAGUAUUAUUGAAUUAAAAAAAGUACAUGCUUAUGCAUAGUUUACUGCUUUAAAUAUUUUUAAUCUGGAUGAUUUUGCAAAUUGUUCAUUCAAUAGGUAAUUCUGCACACUACUUUGUUGAGAAUGAGAGUAUAUUUUUGAAACUUGAAUAUUCCAGUUCAUGGCCAAAGUGGCCUAGUUUGUAAUUAGAUUGAUGCUGAUUUUCUCCUGAUUUUUUUCCCUGAUUUUCUUAGACAGUGCAACGAUGAUUUGCAUCGCUUAGGUGAAAUGAAGUGUACAUUCAAAUGAAUGAAUGAAGAAUUAUUAAUUAGAUUUAUGAGGCUAUUUGUAUAUUACUUUCAUCAUCAUCAUCAUUAGUAUUACUGUGGUCACAGUUGCUUUCUCAUCAUUAUCAUCAUCAUCAUCAUUGCUGUCAUCAGUAUCAAUUAAUGUUAC